AUGAUGGGACGCAGUCUAGAAACAGCUGGAGCAGCUCCAAACGUAGCAACAGCAGUCCCACCUGUCUCUCCCCCUUCCCUUUCCGGCAUCCACCUCAUCGUUCCCAGCAUCGUCGCCGCGACUAUAGCUGGCGGGGUCACGUUCUCUCUCCUCUCCCUCAAUGCGAGCCUGCUCCACGCCCUCUCGUCUCUUCUCUCCGUCGCCUUCUAUCCCAUCGCCAGCCUGCUUCCAUCACCACCACCCUCGCCGUCGCCAUCGUCCCCCGAGAGCGCUCCGUCCGCAACUCCCACUUCCGAGAAUGGUUCCUUCUUUGCGUACACCAAGCAGGCGGCACCAGCAGCGCUGGCGACAAUGGCGGUGACCUUCCCCAACGCCAUGCAGGAGGACACCUUCAUCCGCGCGCUGGCGCUGGAACUCGCCAACCUCGGCUUCAAGAGGGACAACUGCAUAGCACUCGUGAACACGUGCCGAGACGAAGUUUGCCGGCCGAUAGUGAAGCUGAUAGACCGCGAGUUUGGGCUGUCGUUCAACAUCGCGGGGCUGGGAGGGCUCGUCAACUGCGGCACCACGGGGUUCAAGGCCGCCAUGUCGCACUCGCCGGAGUUUCCCUGCAAAGUCAAUAAAGGACAAGUGUGCGAGAGAUACGUCUUCUUUGGCUUUCCACACGUGUCGGUGGGCGAGUCAGGCCAGGUGGGGUCGCUGCUGAGGCGAGGUCGGGGCAAGCCGUCUAGUGCAUGCGGGGCAUUGAUCGCCAUCAAGAAUGACAUUUCAAAGGGAGGCUUGGUGGAGGAUGACGCUGAUGACAAGGAGUAUGUGCUGCUCAAAAAGAAGAUUGCUGCUCGGGUGCACUCCUUUGGAAAGGAUGGUCCAUCGCUGGUGCGAGUGACCAAGGCCGCACUGGGGGCAAUCACGGAGGACAUAGAGAGGCUGGUGAAGCGCACUGUAAACCCCGAGACUGCAGACUAUGCCGUCAUCACUGGCGUGCAAAUACACUCUGGCUAUCAGAUUCCAGGGGAGCCGUUUCAGCUGGAGCGUACUUGUGACUACAUUGCACCUAGUGCAAUGUAUGCUGUGGUUCGUGGAAAGAAGCAUGUUUUGCAUUGCGAAGUGGACCAAAUCAGAGACAUCACGUCAUUACCAGCAAGACACGUGAUUGAUUAG